AGGAGAGAGGUAAAGGGGACAAAGAGAAAGAAGGAAAGGGGUCAGAUGACAGAGAGGGAAAGAGAGUAGAGGAGUGCAGUUGAAGGACAUCAAAGAAGACGGACACAACAAAACGCUUAUGAAGAGCUCUGGAAUUAAACACUAGAAGGGGCCCCAGUUACUCUAUUGGAAGACCCCGACAUUGACCUAUUGAGAGGUACCAACAAUGACCAUCCACCAUGCCAGCUGAGAACACAAGACAAACUAACCUCUGGAUACAGUCUGAGAGCUUCUGAAUCACCACAAACUGACCAACGACAACACACUGUCAGGACAUCAAGCUACUUCCACUCCCAAGUCACCGGGGCGGUUCAAGUCCACUAGAAACUGAAGCGUCUGUCUGUUCUACAGUAUCGCCUGGGCUUCGUCRGGUACCCGCGGGAAGGAAAGGAUCAUGGGAGCUUGGAGGAGCUGGAGCGGGGACGUGAAAACAUCGGGAGAUAAGAGACACUCGAUGAGGUGGACUUGUCAGCCAUGUCCUGGUUCACCUUAAGACUGCAGGUUAACAGUAGUAGUGGAACUGAAGCCACUGUGGAAGCAUCACUACACACUGACUGUUUUCCUAUUGGAUUUAGAUUCAAUUUAGAUGAAGAGUCAGAAGGCCAAAGACGAUUUAUGUGUUUUCAAGUCAAAUUUGAUCACAUACACAGUUUCCAGCAGGUUUAAAGGUGCAGUGGAAUGCUAACGUGCUAGCUCCCUCAAUGCAGUACAAUUGUUGUUUUUGUUUUGUUUUGUCUGUUUUUCACUGGAUCUUAUGCAGUGCGGAAAGUCGCUUUAAAUUCUUAAUAGUUCUCUAUUCACUCCAACAUGGAGCACGUUAAAAUCCGUUUGGAAUCCAUACGCAACUCWUUAAAAUCUUUCUGAAUACUAAUAGUAACAGUUUAUCCCAGUAAAGCGAUCACUUCAUUGUAGGGACGUGCUGGCCUUAUUUAUGAACUCAAACAUAUCCCCAACGAUGAACCAGAGCCAGACGCCCAUCGUGACCUCCAUCUCCCCCCAGUCAGGGCAUGGUUCUGGGGGCUCGGGCGGUGUCUCUGGAGGGGGUAGCUCUGGGGGUGGGGGUUUGUGGGUGACCUCUCUCCUCGGCGCUACCCUCCUAAUCAUGCUCGCCAUGGGGGUGGCGGGUAACAUCUACACCCUCUUCAUCAUGCGUUCCGCGGCUCUCCGCCGAUCCGGCUCUAUGUACGUCUAUAUACUCAACCUUGCCCUCGCCGACCUCCUCUACCUCUCUACGAUCCCAUUCGUCAUCUGCACCUACUUUGCUCACGAUUGGUUGUUCGGCGAGGCCGGUUGCCGGGUCCUCCUGAGUCUCGAUCUCCUCACCAUGCACGCCAGCGUCUUCGUCCUGGUCGCCAUGUCGUUGGAGCGCUACCGGGCCGUGGCCAAGCCGUUUGACGCCCGACGAUCCAGCACGCGGGGACGGAAAGUAGUGGCGGCCGUCAUCUGGUUCGCGGCGUUUGUCCUGACACUACCCAUGAUGAUUAUGAUACGGCUGAGGGAAGGGAAGCCGAACGCGGCCGGGAACGUCAAGCGGAUCUGUUACCCCACGUGGACCCAAGAGGCCUUCAAGGUCUACCUCACCGUCCUGUUCCUGACCAGCGUCCUCGUACCCGGUUUAGUCAUUGUUGGUCUCUACGCAGGCCUAGCACGUCGCUAUUGGACUGCUCAGGCUAGCUUGGGAGGAAGCAGCCGUUCAYCGAGAAGACGAGGCUUAAAACAAAAGGUAGUAACAAUGAUUUUUUGUAUCGUUGUCGCGUACUGGGUGUGUUUCCUGCCUUUCUGGGGGUGGCAGUUGGCGCAGUUAUUUUCCCCGCAGACCCUCAGGGCUCUGUCUCCUGCCACUCACAGUUACAUMAAUUUCUUUGUAACGUGUCUGACCUAUGGGAAUAGCUGUAUUAACCCUUUGUUGUACACCCUCCUGACCCGGAACUAUAAGGACUAUCUGGCUCAGAAGGGUCAGAGCACAGGGUCAAGUAGGGGAGACCUGGGGUCGGCAGCCGGAGCACCCCUACAGGAUCUAUAAUCAGAGUAGAGGUGACCUAGGGGUCAGCUGCCGAAGAACCCCUACAGGAAAUAUAGGGGAAGAGGGGGGAAGUAUUUUUGACGUGACACAAGUAGGAACUAUUAUAUUUGACUUAAAUCCUUUUUAUCCUGGGGAGGAUAGGUCAUCCAUGCAGGAACUAUAAAAGAAGGGGAGUUAUUCUGACGUGACACCAAGAGCACUAUUGCCAAAGCAUUUCUGAUACAGCAUGUUUAUCU